AAAUUACGUCAGAACUCGUCUUGUCUUUGUCAAUUUGUCAUUUGUGGAGAAAUAGAAAACACGCACAUUUAUUUUGUAAACUUGCGUUACUAUUCUGAUCUUUAUCAUCUACCAAAACUAGUGAUUUUAAACAUUAAUAAUGAGUGCAACAGAGGAGGCGACGACAGCACCUAAGGAGAUGACAUUCGCUGAGAAGCAGGCAGAACGAAUGAAGAGACUACGAUCAUUACAUUCAGCCAGAAACGAAGCAAGAACACACAACUAUCAAGAAGUUGUUGCCGAAGAGGCCAGAAAUAAAUUGCCUCCAAACUAUGAGGCAAAGCGGCGACAGGCUGAAUGGCUGCUAGACGACCAGCAAAAGCGAGAGGAAGCUGAAAAAGCGGGCAAAGAUUACGACAGAGUGAAGCUGUUGAACAUAUCAGCAACCGAAGCUGAGCGAUUGGAACGCAAAAAGAAGAAAAAGAAUCCAGAUCAGGGAUUCUCUACUUACGAGCAAGCUACUAUACGCCAGUACAACAGGUUAGUGAAAAACAUGCCAGCGGCUGAUAUGGAACAAUAUGAUAAACAGAAACAAAAGUAUGGUGACGCCUUCUAUGGAGGUCCUAAUGUUAUUAUCCAUGGUAUGCAUGAGGACCGCAAGGAAGCUGUGGACAAGAUGGUGGAUGACUUAGAAGGCCAGAUAGCUAAGAGAGCUAAAUACUCCAGAAGACGUACUCACAAUGAUGAUGCAGAUAUUGACUACAUUAAUGAGAGGAAUGCUAAGUUCAACAAAAAACUGGAAAGAUUCUAUGGAGAGCACACUGCAGAGAUCAAACAGAACUUGGAGCGUGGAACUGCAAUAUAGACCUUACUUAAGACCUCCUUUAUGAAUACCAUUUAUUACUCUCUGGCACCAUGUCAAUUAGCUGUGUAAUGCCUUACAAUCAGUAUCUAUACCUCAUAACAAGUGUUACUUAGUUAGCAGUUACAUGAAAUAGGAUUUUGGUAAUAUCUGCUUAUAGCUUAUCUCUUCAUAGAAAAAAUAUCACUUUACUAGUGAUUUGUGAACCUUGAGAACAAUUUGACCUUUAGAUUUAAUUAUAUUAUAAGUGUUGUAAUUUAACUAUAUUUAGGAACAUACCUCUUCCAAAUAAUUUGCACUUGCACUGAAAUUGUUAUUGAAAGAUUUAAUUCUUGGCUUAGAUCUCAGAUUAUUAUAUUAUAAAAUAAGACAUCUUUUAAAAAUGCAAUGUUCUGUCUUUAUGGUACAAAAAUAUUCUUAAUAUUGUAACUGCCAACUAUAAAACUAAUUUUGAAAUGUUCUAGAUAUGAUACACUAUUGUGUAACAUUAGGUAAUUUUACGAAAGUACAUUUUAUUAUGAAUAUUAUGAUGUAAAUUAGAUUAGUCAUUUGUAAUCAAUAGUUAUUUGUUAUGAACACAAUGUGCCUAGGUUUUAGACUGUUUAGCCAAGAAUCAGACAAAGAGAUCUUAAAUUAUGUUU